AUGGCUCGACUCAUAGGCCCUUGGCUCCCACGAGUCUGCCACCACCUCACACCCGUGCGCCACUACUCCAUCGCCAUCCCUCGUCGAAGGGCUACCUUCACAGAAGUUCUUCGCACCCCUACCACCAAGUCCCUCUUCCUCACCAUUGUGUUUGGCUCCUGCGUCACUGAGGUCAUAGCCCGAAGAAAACAAUUAGACACUCUCCGAGACUCCCACCACGCCCGGAUGAUCAUCUUGAACGACAUUUUGGCAAGACUCCAACACGGAGAGCACAUCGACCUCCAAAAGGAGCUCCGUCUCUUGAGCCAGGUGUCGGAUGGAAUGGAUUUUGAUGUUGAUGAGAAGUUGAACCAACUCUUUCAGAUGGUGGAAGAACCCACCAAACCCACGGCCAACAAGAGCGAGUUCUUGUAG